AUGAAUUCUCCAAUUACUAUUUUGACCAUAUCUACAUUACUGACAGCUUGUAAUGGAGCUCGGCCGAGUAACUAUGAAAUUAGCAGAAACCAAAUAGGCACAGCCAAAAACGGAGUUGGCUACGGUCAAUAUGAGCAGUACCCUGGACAAUAUCCAAUUGGACCGGGGCAAUAUCCGGGUAACCAGUAUCCAGGGCAAUAUCCGGGUAACCAGUAUCCAGGGCAAUAUCCGGGUAACCAAUACCCAGGUCAAUAUCCUGGCAGCCACUACCCGGGUCAAGAUGGCCCGCCAGGUGCCCAUCCUGGGUGCCCGUUAUGUGACUCGUCAGUCUACAGUUACUGCUCUCAUAAACAAACCCAUGACUCUUGCUGUUGCGAAAAUCAAGCAUAUCUACCAUUCUCCUGCCGUAAAACGAACUGCAAUUUCCUCCACGCCAACUCUUGUCAAGAAUACCACCUGAUCACCAACUGCUGCUGUGUCGAUCUUCAGAAAAGCGCUGCGGCACACGUUGUUCCUGUGGCUGCUGUACCAGUAGUAGUUUAA